AGCUUUUUCAUUAACAUUUCUCAUUUUAAUAAAGGUAUAUCUCCAGCUAUAAAGAGAUGACUGUGAGUGCUUCAUGACACAAUGUUGUGUUGUGAACGUUUGCAACGAAUAAGGUAGCCGCCACAUUUCCUGUUUGUAACCGAAAACGUCUGAAGACGACAAAAAUAGCAGCAACACUCGUGCACUUCUUCUUGAACAUGCUCACGUACAGGUGAAGGAUUUUAUCACACAAGGCAUUUAACGGACCUGACCUGAAAAACAAGAUGUCAGAUCCGUGCAUACCUUAUUAUGUGACCAUUACCCUGACUUCUGUUGCACUGCUGAUAUCUGUGGGUUUAAACGUUGUAUUAUAUUUAUUAAGAAGACAGAAUAGAUAUAAUACAGCAAAUGAAAACCUGUUCGCAUAUGGAGAGGAGCCAUUCCGUCGAAAUUCGGUGCAUUCAGAUAGGUUUGAGGAUGACGAGAUGGAAAGACAGGAAAAUCCGAUUUAUGGGAAUAUCUGUUUAGAAGUAGGAGGAUCUUAUGGGAUGUCUGAGGAAAUGUGCUAUGAACAAAUGUCACAAGCAAGCACAUCAAAAAAGGUUUUAAAGGUCGAGCAUGGUGAUGUGUCCUACGCUUCUCUGGAUCUGACAGUCAAUAAAAAGCGUAGGAAGAAACGGAAGUUCCAAAAACAGGCUCAGACCUACCAAGCCCAGACACAUUCACAACCUGCUUCUCUGCAAAACUGCCAGGACCAGGAUACCGAAGUUGAUGACACCCUCCCGUCUCGAACCAGCAGCCUCAUGGUUUCACGCCAUAGCAUCUACCUCAACAGCCAUCAAGUAGCCCUGGAGGCUGAGGAGAGAGAGAGGGGGAGAGAGAGGGAGACAGAUGAAAACGAAGAGAGAGAGUUUGAGAUGAGAAUAAAUUCGCAUGAAGACUUUGAUCACUCCCUCGGUAGAUCAAGACAAAGUCUAGAAGAGAAGAGUUAA